GUUCAACAUCAACUUGAUAUGUCAUGAUAUAUGUCGUCGACGUGACAGAUGAUGGGUCAAAAUGACUUCGAGGAGUUAAAAGACGGUCAUGGAGAAGUCUACUUCUCGCUAUUGACCAGGAACAGGUAUGGAGAGAAGACCUCUUGAAGAGAGUACUUGGUCAAUGUUGGGUGACUAGAUUCUACCAAAAGAGUCACCAUGGGGAUUUGAUGUCAAUUACAAUGAAUGAUGUUUCUUUUUAUCGAAGAGUAAAUGAUGUUUUGCUCUUUCUUCUCUACUUUAUAUGAAUAAACAGUGACCCCGAGAGAACAAGUCGAAGAAGAUAAUCGAUAACCAAAUAUCCAUUUCAAGAGUCCAAUUUCCACCUCGAUUAUUUCAGCUCUCUCUCACAGCACAGAGGGAAAAGAAAACAUUGAUCUGUUGCUGGCGUGUCAAUUCGUUGUUUGCCAUCUAAUUAUCGAGUACACGGAUCUCAAGGUUACAUCUCUCCAGAAUAUAUCAGAGACGCUCCCCUCGAACAGGGACAAUUGAAAUCUACAUCGGAAUCCCCUCGAGCUUUGAAAAUAUCAAGCCGGAGAGGAGAAAAGCACGCCUCCAAUCCAAAUCUAUACUCCAACCCGAGCACCUAUGCCAAUCCGUCGACAUUUCACACCUACUCAAAGCGUGCCCAGGAUUACAACAGAGCACUGCAGCAUUACAGCCAUCAUAUCAAAUCGCAGAGAGUGUCUGUCUACCUGCAAGUCGCUGCAUCGCACAACACAACACAACACAACACCCGCAGCACAACAUUGAUAUCUUACGAGUAGAGCACCAAAAAGUAACACUGCCAAAUUCAAAGAGCGAAGGAGAAUUGGCCCAUCUAACAAUCUAUCGGGGUUUCUCUGAAUCUGUCCAAUCUAUACUUCCAAGGUGAAAAUUUCCAAUAUACGAGUAACCUUACCUUACCGGCGGCACAACUUCUUCGGGUCUUUUGAAUCUCUCUCUCUCUCUCUUGCUCUGUCUUCCUCUCUCCCUCCCUCGACAACAGCAAACCAGCCCCAACCCAAAUACCUACACAAAUAAACUCGAAUCUCUUCAACCCGAAUCUUUCUCCCUCGUAUAAUGAACCAUGGCACUCAACAUUCAAAGAUUCGGAAGUUUUCGAAGCAUUCGAAAGAAGUCAUCUCACCACACCAGAGACAAUACUAAUGCUAAUACUAAUACUAAUACCGGUACCCCACAAGCUACGACGAAUAUAGCAACCAAUAAUGAGGGCCUGCCAGGGCCACCGUCAGGGCUAAUUGCCAUGAGAUAUGAAGAUAUGUUCCCUGGAGCAAGGCCACCAAUUCCCGUUACGGUUGCACCUCCACUUUCUCCACCCACGGAAACGCAUCCUGCAUUGCGACCACGAUCAUUACUUGACCAAGGUGGUCAUGAACUAAGAGCUUUGAAGAAGGAGGAUAAUACAAAGAGAGACUCCGGUCUUGCCCCUACCACCAGUACAAGUGCACGAGACUGUGAAGGAGCUUCUAUUAAUCGUCACUCUUUUAAUACCGUCGAUAAUGACAAUGUCUUGGGAAUCAAUAUAAACUUUGACUCAAAAGCGGUCAUGGCAGAACCAAGCAGCACAAGCUCUCCACAAGUUCAAUUGAGCGAUGUGCAAUCACCCGCAUCACUAAAAUCUCCAAGUUUUAUGAAAGAUGAAAGCUUGGGGUCUUCUUCUGCAGGGUCCCUGAAACGAUGGAAAACGAAAAAUGGCAAUUCCAAGAUCCCUACCAAUACUGGCAGAUCUAUAGAGCUUCCCGACGAGCAAUUUUCACCCAUAACCACUGCAAUCCCACGGGAAAGUUUAUUAGAAGACGAUUUUAUGCAAUCGAUGUCUUUUUCCAAAAGAGGGAGUAUCAUGUUAGGGGGAAGGAAGCCAAAAAAUGCUCAAGCGCGCACAAAUGCGACGCGAAGACAACCUAGCUUUUCUAUGUUAGCCACAACGUCGCCAUCGAUCAAAGUAUUGUCCGAAGAUUUGGAAAUGGAGUCGCAAAAGGUCAGAUCUAUGUAUGAGUCGGGGUCGGGCUUUGACUGGCGCGAUGGGAAAGACGACACAAUUGAUAAUCGUUUAACAGCUGGAGGGGAGUCGAUACCCGAAAGACCUGUUACGGCAAACAGCUACUUGACUCCCAAUGGCAUUGGUGUACCACAGCGAUCCGCGAGCGAAUCGUCGAAUAGAAGACCUGCCGAGUUAGCUGGAGGCAUCGAAGAUUGGGAAGAUGUGAAUGGGAAAGAUGUCGAUAGAUACGGUUUCAUCAAUAGCGGGAGGACGACCACCAGACCUGGCACACCUGAACCCAAACCACCACAACGGGUCUCUACUGUACUUCAAUUGGCCUCCGAGGCACCACGAAGAAAACGAACAUUUGGUCGAUCGCCAUCUACCGCGAAUUCUCAAAAAGGAUUCAGGCGCGCCCCUAGUCGAAAGGUUUCUGCGAGAUCGUUGAAAAGGACACAAGGGGAUAAUGCAUCAAUACGAAGUUCGCGAAGCUCUCAACUUAGACAAGCUGCCAACCGAUUACCAGGAAAUAAAGAUAGAAGGUGGAUGGACGAAGCUGGCGACAUGUUGACUCUACCACCUGGCUUGGCCGAUAUUGCUGAAGAAGUGGAAGGGGGGAAAGGGGCAGAAUUAAUGAAGAAGAAAGAAUCGGAACGAACAGAGAAAUGGAGGAGAAUGGCCAAAAUAAUAAAGGGCAAGGAUGGAGAAGGAAUGGUUUUCGAAUUCGACACCAAGAAUUCCAAAUUGAUCGAAAGGACGUGGAAAGGGAUACCAGAUCGUUGGCGUUCUGCGGCAUGGUAUUCUUUUCUUGCUGCUUCAGCAAAGAAGAGGGAAGAUAGCGCACAAGAGGGAGAUAUAAUCGAAGCGUUCCAUAAGCUACAAGAUCAAAGUUCGGCAGAUGAUGUUCAAAUCGAUGUUGAUGUUCCUCGGACGAUCAAUAGUCACAUCAUGUUUAGACGGAGAUACAGAGGAGGUCAAAGAUUACUCUUUAGAGUUCUUCACGCUUUAUCACUAUACUUUCCUGCUACUGGCUAUGUUCAAGGUAUGGCAUCAUUAGCAGCUACUCUUCUGUGUUAUUUUGACGAAGAGAAAUGUUUUGUGAUGCUAGUACGCAUGUGGACUUUGCGUGGGCUAGAGAAAUUAUACGAACCAGGAUUUCCAGGUUUGAUGGCUGCUUUAGAUGAGUUUGCAACUACGUGGCUAGAUAAUGGUGAGGUUUCGGCUAAGCUGAACGAACUUGGCAUCGAACCCACAGCAUACGGUACUCGAUGGUAUCUCACUCUUUUCAAUUAUUCCAUUCCUUUCCCAGCUCAACUCCGCGUAUGGGAUGUCUUCAUGCUUCUAGGUGAUGAAGAUCAAUCAUUGCCCUACAGUAAAGAAAGACCAUUUGCAGGUGGCUUGGAUGUUAUUCAUGCUACUAGCGCCGCAUUGAUCGAUGGCACGAGAGAUAUAUUACUCGAUAGUGAUUUCGAAAGUUCAAUGAAAGUCCUCACCAGUUGGAUCCCAGUCAAGGAUGAGGAAUUAUUGAUGAAGGUCACUAAAGCAGAGUGGAAACUGCAUCGAGGGAAGAAGAGAAGUUGAAUCGUGAUUCAAUAACAGAGAAGAAAAGAUACCCCAGUCGAUUUUAUAAAAUCGAUAUCACAUAGUCAUACAUCUUAUCAAUGUAUGACUGACACGAUGAAUAUUUUCCUUUGUUUUAAUGCCUUGAUGUUUUGGUGGUACUUUUACCACUUGUUCAUUUUUGUUUCCCACGGAGUUUUUGCUAGGGAGUCUUUUUACUACUGCAUUAUACCAUACGUGUUUGGGAUGGGAUUUUAUUAUAGUUGUUUUAAUCUGUUGGCUUUCCUCUUUGAGGACAAGAGAAAGGGAGAGGGAGAUGAUGGGGUUUAUUUCUUUGCUGUAUUUUUAUAAUCUCUUAGGAGGGAGAGAGGUUUGAAGGCAGGAUAUAUGGUCGAAUGGCUAUAGAUAUAUCUGUUUCUUUUUGCCUGCAGGAGAUUGACUGGCUGUUAAUUGGAAUUGGACUGGGAAUUGGAUGGAUGGUUAAGAGAAGAAGAGAGGGUGCUUAAUGGGUGGAGGAUGGAAGAGGGGAGGGUAUUGGGGCUAACCGGUCUUUUGUUGGAGAUGUAAUUGUUACUUUAGGAUGAAGAUGAGGGGGAUGAAUCGUGAGAGUCAAGGUAGAUGGAGCACGAUGUGGUUGUGGACUAUGGUUUGUGAUAAGAUGGCAGGGGGUGGAAGAUGGGAGAUGAGGGAAUGAUGAGAUCAGAUAAGAUACAAUAGAGAGCUUGAAUUGUAUUAUAUAUUGUAUCGUAUGUCGUGAGAUAUUAUGAGGGAGAGCAGAGGAGAGGGCCGAGUAGAUUGAAAGGGGAAAGGAAAUACAAAGAAGAUAGAUAAUAGCUAGUCGAUAUCAGAUAGAAGAAAUUAAAAAGAAAGAUGUUGAGAUA